CCGGUACCAUUAUGUUCGGAAUUACAGCAGCUCGGCUCGGGCGCAAGUCUCUCGCUCGUUUGACCCCAGUUGCGCCUCGGAGGACAAAGGUCGACUACAACAGACCAGCACCACCUCCGCUACCCAAAGAGCAGCAGCGGGAAUUCGAGGAGCUCGCGCGGAAGGCGCAGGCGCCCCUGGCAGGAUCCACGGGCAAGGACGCGGAGGUCGACCUCGCGCUACAUCCUGACGCACCUCGUCCGGUCGAGCCCGAGUUCGAAGGGGACGUGAAUCCGAGGACGGGAGAGCAGAAUGGGCCGAAGCGCGAGCCAGUACGCAAGUGGAUCGAGGAAGAGGGCGACUGGAGCUUUAAAGGCCGGGUGUCCGACUUCUAAUUCGGGUAUUAGCUUGGUUGGUUGUAUAUUCAUACCGCCUUGGCAUCCAGUGAGAUUGCAGGGCUACACCCUUCAGGGCGUCCCGGCACGAGCGCUGGAGCUCGGACCUCAGAUUCCACAGCAAUGACGACGCUGCACAGUUCACAUACUUACCCGUCCUCCGGGCGCUCUGCGCCUGUGUUAUUACACACCUUGGCACAUUCGUCAAUAUUCCAUCCGCCUCUCACCAACAACGGCGCAGUGACCCUGCGUGGGCGCGAUGAUC